AUGGAAUGUUUACGAGAGAGCAAAUACUAUUUGACACCCUCUCGCGCGGGGUUAGAUUCUUACUCAACUGCUACUAGCUCGUCAGCCUUCCUUCCAAAUUCACAAGACAGACCAGUAGAGGUGCUAAAGGUGUCUCAAAUUUUUCCCAAAUCGAACAAAAUAAAAUUUCCCAUUGAAAUCGAACAACUUCAUCCUAAGGCGUUCAACAGUGGCCUUAGAUCGGCUUCAAAGUUGUUGACUUCAUCCUCUCAAUCACUUCACUCCAAGUCAGCCAACAUAGGAUUUCAUUCAACUGGAGUUAAGAGUAUGGGCAGAGGCCAUGCGCAUGGCCAAGACGAACCAUACUACCUUCAUGCUAAGCACACAUACAACUUUGGACAGGAUGAAACACUAGGAGCUGAUCAUGUCUAUUGGUGUUUUCACAGCCUUCAGCAUUGCUGUCAUAGUUCUCGUGUAUGCUGUCAUUUUCCAGCAAAAGAAGACUGCAUCUGCCUGAAUUUUGAUGCUUGCCUGAAUUUAGGAUGUUUUAGCAUUUUUGACUGUCUGUUCACCGUUGAUUAUCGGAAUUUAGGAUUGUCAGUUAAGCGCUUAGUUUUAGUAUUGAGUUUUAUGGUUGAUGAGGUAUUAGGGAUGUGGCAACAUCUAAAGUUAACAGAAGAUGAACAAGAAGAGAUUAUAGAGGAUGUUCCCAAACCGGAUGAGACCGAUGGAGAGAAACCAUGGCUAGUGGGUCGACUCCUAACCGAAACACCUUUCAAUAAGCAGGGGUUUAUGCGAACUAUGAAGACAAUUUGGCAGUUGGUGAAAGAGGUUUCAAUUUUUGAGAUGGAAAACGAUAUUUUUCUCUUCAAGUUUUGCUCGGAGAUUGAUCGGGAUCGUGUUGUUGAUGGUAGCCCAUGGACAUUUGAUAAUUUUCUAUUGUGUUUUGCUGAUUAUCGUGGAGAUCUUCGACCGGAUCAGUAUGUGUUCACAAAAGAUGAAGCAUUGGAGGCUGAAGGAGAAUCAGUUUUCCAUAGGGUGAGGGUUUCGAUUGAUGUCACUAAACCUUUGAGGUGUAUGAUUGCGGUAAGGGAUGGUGAUGGCUUAGCUCAAGGUCGCCUCAGCUAUGAACGACCUCCAUUAUUCUGCCCAAUUUGUAGUUUGUUGGGGCAUGGCGAGCCUGACUGUGAUGAUCCUUCUGCUAAUGAUGUUCGAGAGAGCGGAAUGUAUCAGAACAUAGGAGGUCUGAUGGAAUCAAGGGGUGCUGGCAAGAAUACGAAUAGGGUUUUGUUUAUUGAACGAAGUGCUGCCAUGGCUGCCGGUCGGAAGGCUGUAACGGCGUUGCCAAGGAAGGAGAUGGUCAAUAGGGGUGCUAAAAUUUCGGUAUUUCAUGAUCAGAGGAAAGUGUUAAGUGAGGAGUUUGUUGGAGAUAAUCUUGCGGGUUUGUUGGACAAGGAACGGGAGAGGUUUGGGGCAAAACUUAUGGUGAGUGAUCAAGUUGGAAAUCAAGGGCAGCGGGUUUCAAGGGAUUUGGUUAGAAGUGAAAUCCCUCGUUUAUGUGGAGAAGGUGGAGAAGUAAAUAAGGUCAAUGCCGUGGCUGCGAGGAGGAAGGAUAUUGUGGGUCAUGUGGAUUUGGGCCAAGGUUUGGGCCAUCAUACAAAUAAUAGAAGAGAAACAAGUCCAUUGACUAAGCUGUUGCUAAAACGCCAUAGUGCCGGGAGUGAAAGCACAACAGAGAAUAGGAUGUCGUUGGGCAAAAGAAUUGGGCAAGGAGGGGCUGAUAACAAUGAGGAUGGAUUGGAUGAAGGUGAGAAGAAGCUGAAGAAGUGUAAUUCGGCUUUGAGUUUUGAUGUUUUAAUGGUGGAGGUGCUGCCAAAGACAAAGAAAAGGAAAAAGCCACAGCGUCGGUACUUUGAAACGACAUGGUACAAGGAGCCUCACUUUGAGGAUCAUUUGAGAAGUACUUGGAGUCGAGGUAUGGGGUUAAAUUUACCAACAAAAUUACAUGAUGUAAGUGAGGAUUUACGGUCUCAGUUUGCACAAAAAAUGAGUGUUGUUAGAGAUAAAAUUGAUGCUUUAAAUAAGGAGCUAGCACCUUUAGUGGGAAUGAAUGGGAAUGUGGAGCGGCAAAAACAGGUUAGGGAAGAAUUAAACAAACUUCUUGAGGAGGAGGAUGCAUAUUGGAUGCAAAGAGGUAGGGUCAAUUGGCUGCGAGAUGGAGAUAGAAACACUAAAUAUUUCCAUGGCCAAGCUGAUAAGCGAAAAAAGAAGAAUACUAUUCUUGGAUUGGAGGAUGAGAAUGAGUUCACAGCGGAGGAGAUUCAUGAUGCCCUAAAACAAAUGCACCCCAUAAAGGCACCAGGUCCUGAUGGUAGACUAAUCACUAAUAACAUUCUGGUUGCUUAUGAGCUUCUUCAUACGCUCCGACACAAUCAGAAAGGGAAAAAUGGCUACUUUGCUCUGAAGCUGGAUAUGAGCAAAGCGUAUGAUCGGGUGGAAUGGGAUUUUUUGGAUGCGGUUAUGAGACGAAUGGGAUUUGAUGGUAAAUGGGUGGAUUUGGUUAUGUCUUGUGGAUUGAGGCAAUGUGACCCACUUUCACCAUACCUGUUCUUGUUUUAUACGGAAGCUCUUUCUACUAUGCUUAAUGAUAGUCAAGCUAAAGGUUUACUACGAGGUGUAGCUGCUAGUCGAAAUGGUCCGCGGGUGAAUCAUCUGUUUUUUGCUGACGAUAGCCUGUUAUUUGGCAAGGCCAAUUUGGUGGAUAGCAAAAGGGGGAAGGACAUACUCACGAGAGCAGAGCUCAUGAGGUUGCUUGAUGUGGGAGAACAGGAUUGCAUUGCAAAAUAUUUGGGUCUACCAGCUAUGGUAGGCCGAAACCGACGACAUGCUUUUGGGGAGCUUAAAGAUCGCAUAUGGAAGAAACUCCAAAGUUGGAACACUCAAAUGCUGUCUCAAGGGGGUAGAGAAGUUAUGAUAAAAGCAGUUUUGCAGGCCAUUCCCACAUACACUAUGAAUGGCAAUAUGGAUGAGGAUUCCCGAGUCAUAGACCUUAUUGAUCGAGAAGGGGGUGGCUGGAAUAUUGAGCUUAUUGAAAGUAUCUUUUCGGAGGAUGAGGCUCUAGCUAUACGGCAGACUGUGUUGAGUAGAGCCUCCUUGCCUGAUCGUUUGAUUUGGGAUUUUGAUAAUAAGGGGUUUUACUCGGUUCGGAGUGGGUAUCGGGUACUUUGUAAUAUGCAGGAGGAUGAUGAAUUUAGGAGUGUGGAGGAAGUUGAAGAUGACAAGCAAGUUUUAAAGCAAAUAUGCAAGAAUGGGCUAGAAACAGUUGCUCACGCCAUUAAAGAUUGCGAGCAUGCAGCUGCUGUUUGGGAAAUUGUGAAUGAUCAAUAUAGCAGGGGAAAGAAUGUUGUGCCGCCUGGUUCGGGUUUCUUUGGUGAUUUGAGAUGGCGGGAGUUGUAUAUGACAACUAGAUGCCAACAAGCCACAAUAGUUUUGCCAAAUCUGACUGACGACACACAUUGGAGGAAACCGAGAAGUGGUUUUGUAAAGAUAAAUUUUGAUGGUUCCUUCAUAGCGGCCACGAAUAGAGCAGAAUGUUUAGCUGCUAUUAAAGCUCUAUGGUGGGCAAAAGAUAUGUGCUUUCCACAAGUUGAAAUAGAAGGAGAUGCUUUAUCGAUCAUCCGCAAAGUUAAUGCUUUGGUACCUGAUUUGUCACCUAUUGGUCCUUAUAUUGAGGAAUUAAAACUUCUUAGUUCACUUUUUGUUUCUUGCUCUUUUUUACAUGUAAGAAGAAAUAUUAAUGCAGUUGCUCAUGGCCUAGCUAGCCUUGGUGUUUCUCUACCUGAGGAAAUAGUUUGGAUAGAGGAAAUACCAGAUGCAGUUAUGGCUGCUCAUCAUUUGGAUUGUAAUCCCUUACCAACUUAA